UACUUGCACUUUAGCGCCGCCACAUCGGGGCGAAGCGAUGAUCACUUGUUUAUUUAUGGAAGGCAGUUGCUGGAGACGAUUGUAGACGAAUUUUAUAACCAUAACUGUGCCGUAACAGACACGUUUGUAUACCUAGCAAAUGUCUUUAUUCGCUUAAAAUAAUUAUCAGUGAAUAUUGCGGUAAAUAAAUGACGAAUCGCACAACCGCCUGCUACGGUCGGCCAAGACGCAGGCCAGCCACCUAGCAACACGCGUGUUAUGACUCUUCGCAGCAUGGACUCGUCCACCACUGGAGGGCGCUCCCCGGCUGCCGCCGCCGCGUCGCAACUCUACUACAUCUGCACUGCCUGCAGCAAGUGCCUCGAGACUGAGGCACUGUUCCUCCGUCACUCGCGCCGCGUUCACUGCAAGGUGCUGCACGUGUCAAAGGUCGAGGGACCCGGCGAGGACGACUCCCACGCCGUCGGUGACUGGCAGGUGGCGCUGCCGACGGCCGCGACGAGCCGCUGCAUCCAGCAGGUGACCCGACUCCCCGGCGGAGGUCAGCAGAGUCGAUUUCGGGAGAUCGCCGCCUCGACUGCCGCCGCGCGGAAACAGUCGAGCCGUGGCGAGGUGAAGGGGGCGCCGGUGUCACCGCCCGCGUGCCGGUUCUUAGGGGGCGCCACCGAGGAAGAUGCGGCGGUGGAUAACGACCGCGUGGCGGUGGUGCAGCACGGAGCGUGGGUGAACGCAGUGCCUGCCGGGGGCGAGGGGUCUGGAAGCCGGGCCACGCGGUCGCUGGAUGAGCAGGCGAUACACAGCACCAGCCUGGAAGCGCACGGCGGCGGCGGCGCGGGCGAGGCGCACCCAGGGGGUGCCGCCGACUUCGUUCAUCCGUCCGUCGCGCAGAACAUCCAGGACAUUCUCGACUGGAGCACGCAGACGGACGAGGUCGAUCGAAAGUGCAACCAGCAGGGGGUGCUGCGGUCGGACGAGAGCGACGGCGCUGCCGGCCCGCUGUCGUCGAGCGCGGACACGUACCUCGACCGGAUCGACGGUGGCGCCUCCGAGUGUGGCGCGGACCCGAUGGAGGGCUGUGACGACGCCGACAUAAAAGAGGUGUUCUCGGACAAAGCUAACCCAGAGGUUGUUCACCAGGUGCAGCGACUGUUCAUGUCCGCCGAUGACGGGCCGCGGGAGCAGUCGCUGGUCCCACUGCAGCAUCCGAGUCCUCUGUCGCAUGCUCAGCCUCCGCUGCGAGCUCAGAGCUGCGGGGGCGGCGGUCUGCGGGCAGGCGGCAUGGUGGGCGAGGGGCCGUACAAGUGCAGCAUAUGUCAGAGCACGUACAAGUCGCACCUGCACCUGAAGAUACACCUGGGCAAGGCGCACAAGGGCGUCGCGUGCCUGCGGCCGUACAAGUGCGGGCUGUGCAACGCGACCUUCUCGCGACGCACGUGCCUGAAGACACACCAGCGAGUACACACGGGCGAGCGGCCGUUCCCCUGCAGGUUCUGCAGUUCGACGUUCGCGACAGCGAGUUCUCUCGCCUACCACACGAAGAUCCACACGUUCUCAUUGUUCACCGUUGUUCGUCUUUCUUAUGUUCCGCAGGUUCUGCAGUUCGACGUUCGCGACAGCCCGCUGUGCACGCGGUGGUGCUUCUUUAGGUCGGAGCUCUGCCGGAAGCACGCGCUGCAUAUGUCACACUUGCGAGAGAACUCCGAGAAGCCGUACAAGUGUCACCUGUGCCACAAGGCGUUCACACAGUCCUCGUCGCUGUCCGGGCACCUGCAGUUUCACGGCACGACGCAGGCCAUGCAGUGCCCGACGUGCGGGCUGUCCUUCAACACGUUCUACGAGCUGCGCAAGCACAUGCGCUACUACCACAAGAAGCAGCAGCAGGGGGCGCCGGCGGGCGCGGCGGGGCCGGCGAAUCCCUCGCUGUCGCUGUACGCAGGCGGCAACGCGUAG